AAUUAUGGUGGAUAUAUUUUAUUAUCUAAAUUAUAGAGGAUAUAUUUUAUUUAAAUGUGGUGGAUAUUUUAUUAUCUAAAUUAUAGAGGAUAAAUUUUAUGUGGUAGAUAUUUUAUGGCUAGAAUUUCGUGCAGGAAAGUAUCAAUUUGUCCUUGACCAUAAAAUAAAUUAGAGGGAAAUAAAUUGACAUAAUUGAAUUAAGGUAAGUUUAUUAUACUAGUCAAGUGUCAUCACACAAGAAUUUGCUGGAAAUAGAAAAAGUUAAUCUAGGAAACUUGUACAGACAAUAACACAACUCUAAACCAGUCUAUACCAUAGUGCUUGCUAGGAAUGAUCCAAUACAAGUAUAGCAUGUUUCCUCAUAGAAUUGUACAAAAACUAAAUAUUUUAUUUUCUUUUAAUUGAAAAUAAAGGUCAACGGCACUUAAUGUAUUCUUCACCCCUUAAGUAAACAUUACAAGUAGGAAUUCAUUGAUUGUGAAUUAAACAUUUUACAAUAGAUUGUAUUGAUUUAAAUCCUUCCUAAAUUGGAAUUGAUUAAAAUUGUUGUUAAUUGAAAAAUACUGUGUGAAAUUGGAAAUUGUGUUUAACAGAAUUUUUUGAAUGAAUAAAAGGAAAAAAAAUCAACACUGCAUAAAAAGGGCUGCAUUAGGAUGUGAAACUGGAUAUCUCUGGAAUCGGAUUAAAAUGUUUCUGUCAGUGUCCAUUUCUAGAAUUGUUGGGGGAUUAUUGCACAUUGUCAGAUUUCUGCAGCAGGAAAUGAUAGAAGAAUUUAGUAGCAAUGAGAGAGUUAUGUGACAGAUUGUUAUGAUCAUAGCAAGUUGAACUUUUGUGACAGUAUUGACUACUAGGAUAUAACCUGUGUUAGUGACCAUAUUUUUCUAGAAUAUAUAGUCAGUUUUGUUUCCAUAUUCUAUGGAUGGAUAUUACCAAGUUUUAUGACCAUAUCUUGUGGAGAUGUAUCAAACUUUUGUUACCAUAUAUUUUGGAAUAUAACCCGGUUUUAUGACUUAAUAUAUCUGACAUAGAUAUAGCAAACGUUUGUUAUAUAUUUUGGAAUAUUACCAAGUCUUAUGACCAUAUUUUGCCAAGUAAUAUCAAACUUUUGUUAACAUAUAUUUUGGAAUAUAACCAAGUUUGAUGACCAUAUCUUGUGGAGAUAAAACAAAUGUCUGUUACAAUAUAUUCUGGAAUACAAGUUUUAUAACCAUAUCUUGCUGAGGUACAACAUUUUCUGUUUCUGCAUAUAUCAGCUAUAUCCGACAAUUUAAUCAAAGACCUAAAGAUGCCAAAGGAUUGUGGAUGUUUUGACUGGAUUUGUCACAUAUUUGAAAGACCUGAUAGACGUGUUGUCACGGAAACAGUUCAGCCACAAUCAUCAUCGAGCACAGCUCUCAAUGACGCCUUGCAAUCACGUAGAGAACCCACAUAUCAAUCUACUGCAUCUACUGCAUCUCAUAAGCCACUUGAAAGCCAAAAUUCAAAAGCCAGUAGUGAAAAUGGAGAUAAUGACAGUCUAUGGAAGGGUGUUAGAAAUUUUGCCACCAUGUUUAUGGAGGAGGGGCUUGAAGAAGGUGGAGCAACUUCGGCGGAGCCGAUUCCAAUUGACGGGAUAGAUUAUAACCUCGGCAAAAUACAGAUGGCACUGAGUUAUGAUUUUCAGUCGUUAACAUUAACUCUUAAAAUUUUACAAGCUCAGCAUCUUCCGGCAAAAGAUUUUACCGGAACAAGUGACCCUUAUGUUAAAAUUUUAUUGUUACCAGAUAAAAAACAUAAACUUUUAACUAAAGUGAAAAAGAAAAAUUUAAAUCCACGGUGGAAUGAGUGCUUUCUUUUUGAAGGAUGGCCUCACAAUAAAUUAUUAGAGAAGACACUAUAUCUACAGGUGAUAGAUUAUGACAGAUUUAGUCGAGAUGAUCCCAUAGGGGAGACUUACAUUCCAUUAAAUGAAGUAGAUCUGUCACAAGCACCCAUCAUGUGGAAAUUUCUCAGUCCAUGUAAAGACAGCAGGGGUAAACUUGGAGAACUGCUUCUAUCUUUGUGCUAUGAGCCCAAUGUGGGUCGCCUUACUGUGAUAGUGAUUAAAGCCAAGGAUCUUAAGGCAAAAGAUAUUACUGGUGCCUCAGUUCUAGCAACAUUACUUCACAACAAACCUUGUUACGGAUCAGAUCCAUAUGUAAAGUUAUGGCUUUGUUUUGGAAAGGAGAGAAUAGAGAAAAAGAAAACAUCAAUCAAAAUGAGAACUCUGAAUCCAGUAUACAAUGAGUCAUUUAUGUUUGAAAUUCAAUGGGACAAAAUUAGAGAGGCGUCAAUAGAAGUGACGUGUAUGGACUUUGAUAAGUUAGGUCGCAAUGAGAUGAUCGGCAAAGUGUUGCUAGGAUCUAAAAGUGGACCAUUAGAAACACGGCAUUGGAACGAUAUGAUCUCGAAACCAAGGCAACAAGUUGCUCAGUGGCAUUUAUUAAAGGACUGAUUAGAUAGUAAAGUUUUCGUGUGAUUGGUGCCAUGAGCUCUAUAAAGCUCAUCAAUUAAUUAAGAUAUGUUAUCUGUUUCUAAAAGCGGCCUACAGUUUGCGUGCAGGAGUAAAAUCUUUACUUAGUAUGGUAAUUAUAACUCCUCAAAGAAUUAUCUGUAAGAAAUUUUAAGAUUUCCAUGGUAACUGACUUGAGAUGAAAUUAUGGAAACAGAGAUCACCAGAUUUGAGAUAUUGGUGAAGGAUCUACAGAACAUUAUACAAAUUUCUUUUUCUGAAUGAUUGAGCUUGAAGUUGAAAAGAUAAAGGAAUGUAGGAAAAGAAUGUUUCUACAACAUUGUGAAAGGAAAUAGAUUAAAGUUGCUAUGGAACUGUUGGCUUUAUCAUUCAAACUACAUUGUAUGCAUGUUGUUUCUUUUUAGCUCACCUGUCACAAAGUGACAGGGUGAGCUUUUGUGAUCGCUUUUCGUCUGGCGUCCGUCUGUAAACUUUUACUUUAAAUGACAUCUCCUCAUAAACCACUAAGCCAAUUGCAUCCAAACUUCACAGGAAUGUUCCUUUGGUGUUCACCUUUGAAAAUUGUUCAAACACUUUAAUUCCAUGCAGAACUCUGGUUGCCAUGGCAACUGAAAGAAAAGCUUUAAAUACCUUCUUUUAAAAAACUCAAAGAGCUAGAGCUUAGAUAUUUGGCAUGAAAAAUCUUCUAGUGAGUGUCUACCAAGUUUAAUCAAAUAAAAGCCCUGGGGUCAAAAUUGGUCCCGCCCCAGAGGGUCAUAGAUUUUCCCUAUAUGCAUAUAGUAAAAACUUAAAAAAUCUUCUUUUAAAGAACCCAAAGAGCUAGAGCUAAGAUAUUUAGCAGGAAACAUGUUUUAAUGGGUGUCUACCAAGUUUGUUCAAAUUGGAGCCCUUGGGUCAAAAAUUGGCCCCACCCCGGGGGUCAUUGAUUUUCCUUGUAUGUUUAUAGCAAAAACUUAAAAAAUCUUCUUUGAAAAAACCCAAAUAGCUAGAGUUUGGAUACUAAGCAUGAAACACUUUUAGUGAGUGUCUACAAAGUUUGUUCAAAUAAAAGCCCUGGGGUCAAAAUUGGCCCGCCCCGAGGGUCAUUCAUUUUCCUUGUGUGUGCAUAGCAAACACUUAAAAAAUCUUGUUUGAAAAAUCUCAAAUAGCUAUAGUUUAGAUAUUAAGCAUAAAACAUCUUCUAGUGAGUGUCUACAAAGUUUGUUCAAAUAAAAGCCCUGGGGUCAAAAUUGGCCCUGCCCCGGGGACAUUGAUUUUCCUUAUAUGUGUAUAGCAAAAACUUAAAAAUCUUCUUUGAAUGAACCCAAAUAGCUAGAGUUUAGAUAUUAAGCAUGAAACAUCUUCUAGUGAGUGUCUACAAAGAUUGUUCAAAUAAAAACCCUGGGGUCAAAACUGGCCCCACCCCAGGGGUUGUCAUUGUUUUUAACUAUAUGUGUAUAAUUAAAAGUUUAAAAAUCUUUUUUUAAAAAACUUAAAGAGCUAGAGUUCAGACACCAAUGAGUGCGUGUCUACCAAGUUUGUUCAAUAAAAACCCUGGGGUAAAAUUAGUACCCGCCAGGGCGGGGGGUCAUUGUUUAUCAAUAUAUGUGUGUAGUUAAAACUUAAUAUCUUCUUUUGAAAAACUCAAAGACCUAGAGCUUAGAUAUUUAGCAUGAAACGUCUUCUAAUGGGUGUCUUCCAAGUUUGUUCAAAUAAAAGCCCUUGGUUUAAACUGGCCCCGCUCCGGGGACCUAUAUACAGGUGAGCGACUUCAGGGCCAUCAUGGCCCUCUUGUUUUUUU